AUGGAGGAGACAGAAAAGACGUAUCCUCAAUAUGACGACCUUAAUUAUGAUGACCUAACGACAGCUUUUAGCAGGUUAGAUACAAGGGUGAAGGGAGAGGCUAUGUAUGGUGAUGACCCUAUAGUGAUAACUAAUCUUAAAAGUGAACUGGACUAUGUGAAGAAUCUCAUGGAGAGACGUGUAAUAGAAGAAACAACUUUCACUGAAGGAAAUGAUGGUACAGUGAACAUUUCAGGUCCAUCAGGAAGUACAACUGUCCCGGAAGUCAACUUUGUAGAAGAUCCAAACAAUGUACUUCCAGACGUACUAGAUGCAUUCAACGAAUCAUUUGACGAUGACUGGGAUGAAAUAGAAGCCCGCCUGGAGAAACUAAAUAAGAUUUCAACAGAAAAUAAAAAGAGAGAUUUUGAAAACCAAGUGGAGCGUGUUCAAGCUAUCACAAGAGUUAUCAAGGGCAAGGAGGGACUGAUACUAGAUCCUAGGAAUAGAUACGUUAGAGAACUCAUAAAACGAUCAUCUGUAAGAACACUCAAGGAUGGCACAGAGGUGUUGAUAUUCAGAAGUGAACAAGGUAUUAAUAAAAGUGGUACACAAAUAAUGAAACGUGGUUUUUCCGACAAACCUGUGUACUCGAAGGCCUCACCUGCACUGAGAGAAUAUAAGGAACUCCUGAAGAAAAUAAAAGAGGUACCUACGAAUCCUGACGACAUAGUUGUAAGUGAUGAGGGUGACCAACCAGCUGACCUAAGUGAGUUAAGUAGUGAGGAAUACGCUGACCGUGAGAAUAUUGAGUUAAUAGAUAUAAGUGCAAAAUUAGGAGAUCUUCCAGGGUUAACAAUGCAAGAAAACAAUGAACUAAGAGGUGUUCUUAACCCACCUGAUGGAUCAAGUAUAGAAGGCAGAACAGGUCCCAAUGGAGCGUUGCAAAUACAAGCCGACUACUUUAACGAAGCUAUUAAUGAAACCGUGAAACAAGCCGGCUCUGUGGAAGGUGUAACUGAGUACAAUGCUCUUAUAGAAAGAAUUGAUAGUCUAAAGGAAGCUAGGGAUAGGACACUGGAGCAGAGAGUAGUAGAGGAAGCAAGAGAGGCACAGCUGGAAGAUAUUUCUAGAUUACGUAAAUUUAUAGACUGGGUUGGAAAGGAAAAGGUGGGACUUGUAGGGAUAGCAGUGUCAACAGCUAGUUUAAUUACAGCCCUAUUAAUCCAUGCUAGGGGAGCCAUUGUUAAGACAGCAAAGACCACCGGUAAAGUAGCAAAAGCAUUAGCAAAUUUAGCAAAGAAAGCAGGACCAAUUCUAGUUCCAAUCCUGAACGCAAUUGCAACAGCGCUAUCCUGGGGUGCUAAAGGAAUUGCCUGGUUAGCGUCUAAUUUAUGGGUACUAGCUGUAGCUGCGGCCUUAAUAGUAUACAACUAUUACACAAAGUAAAUUAGCUAUGGAGGAACACCAAGAGGAAUACGAUGACCAGAGAAUGGAGGAGUUGAAGGAAAGGUAUCCAGACUAUGAAGAAAUGGAUACAGAAACUUUAGAUAGUGAAUUACCAUACCUCGACAAGGAUCUUAGGGAAAGCGAAACUACUGAGGAGACCCAGGAUAUUAACGAGGAAAUUAAUUACGUACUCGAACUGAGGAGAAGAAAAAUGUUAAGCGAAGAAGAUUUCAAAGAAAAGUCGGAAGAACUGAGGUACGUCAGAAUGCUAUCAAAUGAUUACCAAAGAGAGUCAAACUUAAAUAAACUUCUCAAUUUAAGAGACAAAGUGAAAAAGAGGGAUCUCAUUAAACGGGAUGAUCAUAGGAGACUGCAGAGGCUCAGGCUAUGGGCAAGGGAGAAUGCAGGCAUCUUAUCAGCUGUUCUAAUUUCCUCAUCAGCUAUAAUCAUAGGACUGGUAGCAUCAACUAGAAACAUAUUAUGGAAAGUAGGUGACACAACAGGAAAACUCGACAAGCGGAUCAGUGAGUUGGUAAGCAACCAGAUAGAACUACCACCUGUAUUCCAGAAGAUAGCCGAUGGAGUAGAGCUAGCAGCGGAUAAUAUAUGGAUAAUCAUUGUAUGUGCAGCAGCAGUUUUAUUAUACACGUACAACUAA